CACUGAGAAGGAGGAGGAGGAGGAAGAAGAAGAAGAAGAAGAGGGGGAUUCCUGUGCUGCCUCUUCCAGCCAAGCAUGGUGGGGAAAAGAAACCCCGAGGCCAAAGGGGAAGCCGGCUGCUUUGGCGGCCAAGGCUUCUGCUCCCUCAGGUCUGCUCCGCCUUUCAACUCGCUGCUGGCUGCCUUCCUUCUCUCGGUGGGAUCCGUCGCUUCCUGUGUCUACCUGGGGAUGAAGACCAACGACCUUCAGGCCAGGGUCUUUGCCAUUGAGGCAGCGCAAGGGGACGUGGGCGCUGCUGCUGCUGCUGUUGCUGGGUCCUACCGGUCGCUGCCCAGCUAUUCUUUGGACCAGCUGAAUUCCCUGAUGCAGGAGAAAGUGGAGCAACUUCUAGCUCAGAAGACCUAUGAACAUAUGGCAAAAAUCAGAACAGUAAGAGAAGCUUCUUCAGAAUGCAACUGCCCACCAGGUCCUCCUGGUAAACGAGGUAAGCGAGGAAGAAGAGGAGAGACUGGACCUCCUGGUCAACCUGGUCCUCAAGGUCCACCUGGUCCAAAAGGUGAGAAGGGAGAUCAAGGUGAUCAGGGCCCUCGGGGUCUGCCAGGCUUCCCCACAGUUGCCGGCCUUCACAGUAAUCAGAUUCUCACCGUCAAGGGUGAUCAAGGGCAAGCUGGACCUCCUGGACCCCCUGGACCCCCAGGACCAAGAGGGCCUCCUGGAGAUACUGGCAAAGAUGGCCCACGAGGAGUGCCUGGGGUGCCGGGAGAACCUGGAAAACCAGGUGAACAAGGUUUGGUGGGACCUCAGGGGCCUCCAGGACAAAAGGGUUCAUUUGGUGCACCUGGUAUUCCAGGAACGGAUGGACAACAGGGAGAACCUGGUGUAAUGGGAGAAAGAGGAGACUCUGGGCUUAAGGGCGAUCCUGGACAACGGGGAGAAAAGGGUGAUGCUGGAGAAACUGGUCCGAAAGGUCACCCUGGAGAAAAGGGUGAUCCUGGAUCUUCUGCUGCUGGAAUUAAGGGAGAACCUGGACAAUCGGGUAGACCAGGGCAAAAGGGUGAACCUGGACUUCCUGGACUUCCUGGGUUACCUGGAAUUAAGGGUGAACCGGGUUUCCUCGGUCCCCAGGGAGAACCUGGAUUGCCAGGAUUGCCAGGGACAAAGGGUGAGAGAGGAGAAAUAGGACCUCCUGGGAAAGGUGAACGAGGUGAGCCUGGAGUUCCAGGGCCAAAGGGGAGGUCAGGUGAAUCUGGAACUAGAGGCCCUAAAGGGUCAAAGGGUGAUCCAGGAAAUAAUGGUGAUUUGGGAGCAAUGGGACCAAGGGGUCCACCUGGAGAAAAAGGUGACCAAGGUGCCACAGAAAUCAUUGACUUCAAUGGAAAUAUCCAUGAAGCAUUACAGGGUCCUCCAGGCCCACCUGGACCCCAAGGAUUGCAAGGAUCAAAGGGUGAAUCUGGAUCACCAGGAUUACCUGGUGCUGAUGGAGAGCAGGGGCCCAAAGGAUCAAAGGGUGAUCUGGGUGACCCUGGAAUACCAGGAGAAAAAGGAGGUAUUGGACUACCAGGUUUGCCAGGAUCCAAUGGAAUGAAAGGAGAAAAAGGAGAUGUUGGAUUACCAGGUCCUCAAGGUCCCUCUAUUGUAGGACCUCCAGGUUCCCCUGGUCCACAUGGUCCACCAGGACCAAUGGGACCUCAUGGACUCCCAGGACCAAAGGGUGAACCAGGGUUAAAUGGUCUUAAAGGAUUGAAGGGUGAACCAGGUCACAAGGGUGACAGAGGGCCCCUUGGUCUCCCAGGAGCAUCUGGCUUAGAUGGAAAGCCAGGAGCCCGGGGUAUUGAUGGUCCCGCUGGUCCUCAUGGCCCUGCAGGUCCAAAGGGAGACAGAGGUGAAAAAGGAGUUUCAGGAGAUCCUGGGCCCAGAGGACCAUAUGGUUUGCCUGGCAAAGAUGGUGAACCUGGCCUUGAUGGAUUCCCUGGUCCACGUGGAGAAAAGGGUGAUGUAGGAGAAAAGGGAGAAAAGGUGACCUCAAUGCUAUUCAACUGUUGUUUGAUUACUUAG